UCUCAGAUGGAUUGGGUUGAGUCCUAGCUUGUUGGAGGGAAAUGCUAAGUUGCGGGAUACGUGUUUUCACGAAAAAAAUGCAUAAAAUUACUGUGACAAUGGAGCCAGGCCUGAAUGCAGCUGACAAAUUAUAGCUAGUGUAAUUUGAAAUGGCUGUCUUGACGAUUUCAACUGGAUAAAACUAGAAAGACGCAUCAAUCAUAAUGGUAGUCCACUGGAUCCAACCCGAGUUUGAGCACUCAUCAGACUGUUCGAUUCUUUUACGAGGCUCUGAGAGUCUUCAAUGCAUCACUUCUACCCUACCCAGCUCUCAUGAUUGUAGCUUCAAAGUAUCAGGAUGAAGUUCCAAAGAUGCAUAGGGCUAUUUUUGCUCUUGGUAGCAGUGGUCAAGAGUCAGGGAAAGAAAAGGGCAUCUGCUAUGACUGAUGUGACCUAUGAUACAAUAGUAAAGCUCAUCGAAGGUUCUUUCAAUGUUGCAUGUGCUCAAAGAACCACCGAGGAAAAAUCCGCCAUAACGCGAUACAACAGAUACAGAGGAAGGUUCAGUUUGCAAGGUGAUCCGCCAAAACUAUACUUAGACGAAGAAAUGGUAUUGAAAAAGUCGCAAAUACCAGACAUUGUCAUGGAAGAGUACUUCAAGGCAAAUGGAGCAGGAGCAAGGCGGAUCUAUCAUAGGCUGAAGAGAAAGUUUUCCGGAAUUUCAGAAGAAGUAGUUCGAAAUAUAUUGUCUCAAUGUUCAACGCAUCGGCGCAUGAAUGUGACAUUUACUAAUAAAGCACCAUAUAUACCCAUUACAGCGAAACAUGUCAUGGAAAGAAUCCAGAUAGACCUUCUGAAAAUGAGAACAGCAGCCACGUACAAGAAAAGGACUUACAGAUACAUACUGACCGCAAUUGAUGUGUUCAGUCGCUAUACAUGGUUGAGGCCUAUGGAAACUAAAUCAAGCACCAAUGUGGCACGGCACUUGUCAAAAAUUUUUGACAUGUUUGGUACUCCGACCUACAUACAACAUGACCAGGGAACGGAAUUUAAAGGAAGAGUAAAAAUUAUGUUAAGUCGUAGAGGAAUUCAAGACCUAACGAGUGCCCCAUAUCAUCCUAAAUCACAGGGAAAGGUUGAAAGGUCUCACCGGUCAAAGAUACUUUUCGACCUUAUUUCUAGAAGAUAUGGCGUAAAUUGGGUACCUAAACUUUCCAAAUGCGCGAAGGUUCUCAAUGACGAACCUAAGGAAGUAUUGGGUUGGAACACCCCAUUCAGUGUCUUCUUUGGCCGAUGCUCCGAUUCUUCCUGCAGUAGAUUGGUUGACAUAACUGCUGAUACUUUGUCUUAUCCAAACCAACGCGAACGAGUCACCAUUCCAAGAAGGGAGCACGUUGAGAAGUACUAUAUAGUUAUAACUCGGGAAAGUUGCAUUGAACAGUUAUUCGAAGACUCUGGACUCACUGUACGUCUAAAUCCGAAGGGCAAUGGGAACUGCCAAUUCAGUGCUGUAUCUGAUCAGUUAGCAACUUUGGGAAUCUUUAGAUCCCAUAGUACUAUAAGAGAAGAGGUUAUUCGAUUCCUGGCAAGUAACACAUAUCUUGGGAACGGAAGAGAAUGGACAGCAUUUCUUACUGAAGUGCCCGAAGAUUACCUUGCUCGUAUGUCAAGCAAUGGAAGUUACGGAGACCACCUCACCUUGCAGGCAAUUGCUGACAUAUUUCACAUCCAAAUCCUUGUCAUAAGUUCAUUAAACGGAGGAACAACAUUAAUUUCACCGGAAAUUAAUGAGGGGAAUAUUUUCACAUUAGAUGUGCCAUACAUUGUGUUGGGACAUCUGUCAGAAGGCAACGGAGAACACUACGUGUCACUUACAAGCAAUCAAGAGCAGGUACUUAGAAUAAUUCGUAACAGUGCCCAGAUUGUGUUUGAAGGAGACAUGACUCCGCAUGUCGAAGGACAGCAAUUAAUCGAUGAAGACACUGAUGGCCGAGUAAACGACGAGGUUACCGACGCAGAAGUACAAAAUGAAGGGAUCGACAAUGGAGUAAGGGACGAAGGAGUAAGCAUUGGUUUACACGAAGGAGUAAGCGUUGAUUUACACGAAGGAGUAAGCGUUGAUUUACACGAAGGAUUAAGCGAUGGUUUACCCGAAGGUGUAAGCGAUGGUUUAGACGUAGGAGUAAGCGAUAGCUUGGACGAAGGCAUGGAAGGAGUGAGAGAUGGCUUGGACGAAGGAGUGAGAGAUGGUUUACACGAAGGAGUAAGGGGUGGCCUCGACGAAGAGGAAGGAACUUGCAGUGAAGUCGACGAUGAAGGCUUAAUUAAGCGAAGGAAUCAACGAUGGCAUAUGCACAGCCGGUGA